AUGACGUUAGAGACAUUCCACAUCUUUCACCUGCUCCCCUUCGAUCUCCGCCGCGAGAUCUACAUGCUGGCUACACCGCCCCGCAUCGUGCAUAUUCGAGAAGAAGCCCAAGACAAGGAAGAAUUCAAGGACUCACUGCGCACAAAACUCAGGUUACAACUGAAUCCCGACCUUGCAUACUUCGCCCCGAAUUGGCGGCAGAUUAUUGAACCCGAACCCAGCAAGCAACCAACGCUCGGGGCUUUCGGGGUACGGACUCGGAGACGGCCUUAUCAACCCUGGGAACCUUCAGCAUCUACUCCGGAAAUCCCAAUAUCCUGGCUUGAGAAGAAUCCUGACCAUGCAUGGCACCUUAUGCGCGAUAACUCUUUGUUCAGCACCGCGCCCAUCCCGAGUCUACUGCAUGCAUUUUCGGAAUCGCGAAGCGUACUCAGGCGCUCGGGGUACCAGCUUGUGUUCCGCACGCGCACCAACGGCCCCCGGACCUGGUUCCACUUCGACAGAGACGUGCUCUUCGUCGAGCAAGACAAGUGGAGAAACCGCGACAGGGUGGGCGACUUCCUCACUCUGUGCCCAUGGAGUAUCCUCGGCCAGUUCCACUCUGAGGACCUGAAAAGAGUCCGGCGGUUAGCUCUAGGGGGAUCCGGCCACACGCUCUUCCCCUGGAAACGCUACCCUCGAUCCCAGACAGAUCUAGCCCAUGCAAUCCAGCUCUUUCCCGACCUCCGCGAAGUUCAACUCGUUCAAUGGGAGACGGAAGACCUCUUCCGCUGGCGGAAUCAUGGCGUCAACUGGUCCAAGAGUGGCGAGCAUCCGUGGUACUCGUACACGACGGAAAAUGCACCAGCUGAACCCGACGGCGCGCUAUGCUGCGUCUACGCCGAGGAAGUCGACGGCCUGUUCUCGCUGCUCACGCAUCUCGACGGGUUGAGAGACCACCUACCCGCAACGGGAUUCAUGGGCGAGAUCCUGCGCUUCCACAAGCAGCAAAUGGGCAGCAAGCUUGACUUCUUCGCCUUCCAGCAAUUGCAACUCGAGCAACGACUCGGGGUCCUCAGGAUCGAACUGGAAGAAAUCCGCCGCAAGGAAGAAGGUCCCGACGUUUCCACCUUCACCUGGAAGAUCCCAUCAGUCCGAGCCGUGCACAUCAUCCUCCCCUCAAUGGUCCAAUUGCUCGUUAACGAGCGCCACCUCGUCUGGGAAAAGCUCUACAAACUGAAGCGGAAUCACCAGGCCAUCGGCCAUAUUUCGACAGACAACGACGUGGACUUGCCGUUGAGCGUCUUGUUGAGCGACGGGCUUGGAGAGGACGCCGAGGACGAUAGUGAUGAAUUCCAUGAUGUUGGCUUGGGCCCGUUUAGCGAGAUGCAUCUGUUUGGGAAUGCAGAUGAUGUGUGCGUCCGGAGGGCGAAGAGAUGGUGGGCAGAGGAUGAAGAUAAUGGAGUGCUCGAGGAGCCUGGGGAUGGAGAGUCUUUCCCGGAUUGGAUUCUCACCUAUCCUGGUAGGGAUACUAAUCGUAGCGAUGAUACGACGUAG